AUGUCAACACCUAAAAUAUCCAUUCGUGUGUCAACACCUGGUGGUCCAUCCGAAUCUACAGCCACACCCGUUGAAAACACGACGGAAGCGACUGGAGACGUCACGACUCACGAUGUAGCGACUGCUCCUGGCAAAGAACGGGAAAGAGAACCUAUAUACAGUGGGGAGAUUGGAAAUAUAAGUGGUGCUGGUGAACGUGAAGGUGUCAACGGAGAAUCAUCAACCUCUGCUCAGCCCGCCGACGAAGCAAUGGAAACAUCCAUUCCAGCCGUUGAUGGCGAAGCACCCACACCCGCUCCUGAACCUGCAGAAAGACCGACACCCCAACAACUACAUGAUCUGGCAACAACCUACUUGGCAGCUCAAACACACCCCCUUGUCAUCCCAUCGUACUCGUCGUGGUUCUCACUGUCAACCAUACACCCAAUCGAAAGAAGAUCAUUACCCGAGUUCUUCUCUUCUAGGAAUAGAAGUAAAACACCUGCGAUAUAUAAAGAUUAUAGAGAUUUCAUGAUCAACACUUAUCGUUUGAAUCCAGGAGAAUACCUCACUGUCACUGCUUGUAGGAGGAAUUUGGCAGGUGAUGUAGGUGCGAUUAUGAGAGUACAUGCUUUCUUGGAACAAUGGGGUUUGAUAAAUUAUCAGGUGGACCCGGAUACCCGACCAGCUGCUCUUGGCCCUCCCUUCACUGGCCACUUCAGAGUCACCCUUGAUACUCCUAAAGGUCUGUCCAAUUUGGUUCACCCCGGUACAAGACCAAACACCGGUGCAUUAUCACUCACAGCUCAGACCAAUGGUGUAACUCCUCACCCAUCCAACAUCGAUCUUCGCAAAACAAUCUAUCAUUCCACUUCAAAAUCAUCCAAAUCCAUCUCUUCUAGCGAUGCAACCAAAAUCGCCUCGUCAGUCAACGGCGAUCAACCUAAAACACAAUCGUUCGCUUGCGAAACUUGUGGGACUGACUGUACUCGAACACGAUAUCAUUCGAUCAAAGAUGGGGAAUAUACAUUAUGUCCAACGUGUUUCGUAUCUGGUCGUUUCCCAUCUACAAUGUUCUCAGGAGAUUUCGUCAGACUCGAUGAAGAGACUUUCAAGCAUUCUUCCACUGGGAUGGGAGCUGAAUGGUCGGAUCAAGAAACUUUACUAUUGUUAGAAGGUGUCGAGAUGUUUGAUGAUGAUUGGCAAAAUGUCUCAGAACAUGUUGGAACAAGAUCAAAAGAACAAUGUAUAUCGAAGUUCUUACAAUUACCUAUAGAAGAUCCAUAUUUGACAUCGGACCCAGCGGCUGAUCUUGGCCCGUUGAGAUAUCAAGCUGGAAUGAAUGGAUUGCCAUUUGAGUCGAGUGAAAACCCGGUGAUGUCAGUGGUCACUUUCUUAGCUUCUACGGUGUCACCUGCUGUAGCUGCCGCAGCGGCUCAAAGUGCUUUAGGAGAACUGUCAAAGGGCCUUAAGAGGAAAAGAGGUGAUGGAGAGAAAGGUAGCGACAAGGAGAAAGCUGUGAAGUCGGAACAGCCAGAAGGAGACAAGAUGGUGGUCGACGGAGAACAAGCUGAGACGGCCGACAAUGACGCAGAAGAGAACGGCGGAUCACCUUCAGCCCCUACAUCGUCUGACUUAUCAAGAGCGGCGACUUUGGCAUUAUCGUCAGCAGCAGCUAAAGCAUCAUCAUUAGCUUCACACGAAGAUCACAGAAUAUCACAGUUAGUGUCAAGAUUAGUUUCAGCUCAAGUCAAAAAAGUCGAAUUAAAAUUGUCAUUAUUUGAGAAACUCGAAGAGGCAUUAGAGAAUGAAAAGAGAAAUAUCGAAUUGAGUAGACAACAAUUGUUCAAGGAUAAAUUGAAUGUCAAUAAACAAUUGGAAAAAGUACAAGAUUUGUUGAAACAAGCAAAGGAGAAUCCAGUCAAUGGGGAAGCAGAGAUUAAUCAAAUUAAACAAGAUUCAGUCACUCAUUCUACAGCUGAUUCGAUACAACAAGUCCACGGGAUAAAUCAAGUUCCACAAUUACCUGCAGGCGAAUCGAAUUUGCAAAAGUUGUAA